GAGAAGAGGACAAAGAUACUCAGAGAGAAAAAGUAAAGGACUGAAGAAGGAGACUGGAGAGACCAGGAUCCUUCCAGCUGAACAAAGUCAGCCGCAAAGCAGCCUAGCCAGCCGGCUACAGUUGGAUUCAGAGUCCCAAAGACAUGGGUUUGUUAGAGUGCUGUGCAAGAUGUCUGGUAGGGGCCCCAUUUGCUUCCCUGGUGGCCACUGGAUUGUGUUUCUUUGGGGUGGCACUAUUCUGUGGCUGUGGACAUGAAGCACUCACUGGCACAGAAAAACUCAUUGAGACCUAUUUCUCCAAAAACUACCAGGACUAUGAGUAUCUCAUCAAUGUGAUCCAUGCCUUCCAGUAUGUCAUCUAUGGAACUGCCUCUUUCUUCUUCCUUUAUGGAGCCCUCCUGCUGGCUGAGGGCUUCUACACCACCGGCGCAGUGAGGCAGAUCUUUGGCGACUACAAGACCACCAUCUGCGGCAAGGGCCUGAGUGCAACGGUAACAGGGGGCCAGAAGGGGAGGGGUUCCAGAGGCCAACAUCAAGCUCAUUCUUUGGAGCGGGUGUGUCAUUGUUUGGGAAAAUGGCUAGGACAUCCCGACAAGUUUGUGGGCAUCACAUAUGCCCUGACCGUUGUGUGGCUCCUGGUGUUUGCCUGCUCUGCUGUGCCUGUGUACAUUUACUUCAAUACAUGGACUACCUGCCAGUCUAUUGCCUUCCCCAGCAAGACCUCUGCCAGUAUAGGCAGCCUCUGUGCUGAUGCCAGAAUGUAUGGUGUUCUCCCAUGGAAUGCCUUCCCAGGCAAAGUUUGUGGCUCCAACCUUCUGUCCAUCUGCAAAACAGCUGAGUUCCAAAUGACCUUCCACCUGUUUAUUGCUGCAUUUGUGGGGGCUGCAGCCACACUGGUUUCCCUGCUCACCUUCAUGAUUGCUGCCACUUACAACUUCGCUGUCCUUAAACUCAUGGGCCGAGGCACCAAGUUCUGACGUUCCAUAAAAAUCCCCCUUUGUCUAAUAGCAAGGCUCUAACCACACAGCCAACAAUGCUGCGUCUCCCAUCUUAACUCUGCCUUUGCCACUGACUGGCCCUCUUCUUACUUGAUGAGUGUAACAAGAUAGGAGGGUCUUGCAGUGAUUAAUGUCUCACUGUGGACUCUCCCUCUCAUGGACCUCUUUUAGUCAUUUUCCUCCACAGCUGAUUCCUGCGAGAAAUGGGAAAUGCCCGAGAAGGUGACUCCCCAACUGCAAGUCACAAGGAAUGGAGGCUCGAAUUCAAUUUCUGUGUAACUCCUGAGGAUCAGUCAGAGCUUUCUUCUCAAAGGGCACUUCCACUGAUGGAAACAAAGUGGAAAGAAAGAUGCUCAGGUAGAGAGAAGGAAUGUCCUUGGUCCCCUUGCCAUCUAGAAGAGCCAAAUAUAUUCUCCUUGUGUAUAAAACAGGAAACUCACUCCUGUCUCCCUGUUACCACUGAUGAUAGAAGAAAAAAACAGCAAAACAAUAAGAGCGUUUGCCCAAAUCUGCCUGUUGCAGCUGGGAGAAGGGGGUCAAAGCAAGGAUCUUUCACCCUAGAAAGAGAGCACUGACCCUGAUGGUGAUGAACUCUUGAAGCCUUAACUCAGCCAACCUUACUUAUAGCAUAAGGGAGCGUAGUGACUGUGUAGACAAAGGGGGCAUCUGACCUUACACCUCAUUAGGAAGAGAAACAGGGUGUUGUUGGCAUCUUCGCACUCCUUUGUCCUUGAUAACAGCUACCAUGGCAACCCUGUGGUUUCCAAGGAGCUGAGAAUAGAAAGAAACUAGCUUAUGGAAAAAAGACUGGCCCAAGGAGCAGCAGUUGCUGUUGGCUAAUGGUGUAAUUCAAGAUGGCCCUCUGGUAGACACAGGAUAGAUAACUAUUUGGAUAGCAUGUCUUUUUUCUGUUAAUUAGUUGUGUACUCUGGCCUCUGUCAUAUCUUCACAAUGGUGCUCUUUUCAUGGGGUUUAUCCAUUCAGUCAUAGUAGAUGAUUUGAAGAUCUUGAUUUGUUUCAGAAUGAUGCACAUUUCACAGUUUCUGAUUUGCUUAUCACUUGUUUGGGGUUGUAUCUGAAAGGGUUGAAGAAUGAUUCUUGGAUUAUAAUUCCUUUAGAAAGAAAAAUUGAAGAGUAAGCAUAACAAAUGAUAUUUACAAUUGGCUAGUUGCUUGAUUCGGUUGGAAUUUUCUACAAGUAUUUUUCCAUUUGCAGAAACAGAUCUGAUGAAUCUGAACCUCAAUUUGAAUAACCUGUUUGAUUGUUCUUUCUAGCUAAUGGGAGAUGAUUUUACUUAGCAAUGUUAUCUUGGUGUGUUAAGAGUUAGGUUUAACAUAGAGGUUAUUUUCUUCUGGUAUAGAUCACAUAACAGAAUGUACCAGCUGCCCUCUAUUCAGUUGGUAAGCUUCCAUGGAAAAGGACAGACAGAAAAAGUUUAAACCUGAAUAGCUUCCAGAUUUUAGUCAUUUCCUGCUUUUGUUAACUUUGGGUAGAGAAACUUAUCUGAUUCGUCAUUAUUGAAAGGACAGUUUCCACUGUAGCUCUUUUGUUGUAAAGAGUUAUGUUGCUCUUUUCCCCAAAAGUCGUUUCAGCAAUGUUUAAGGAGAUUGAAGAUCUUUACAAAAAGACACUUGAUACUUGUUUUCAGACCAGUAUACAAGAUAAGCUUCCAGGCUGCAUACAGGUAGGAGAGGGAAAAGGUUCUGUAAGAAACCAAUCAAGAUCAAGGGAAGUGAAGUAAUCUGUACCUUGUGUUUUAUUUUGAUUUAAUAACAUAAGUAACCAACCAUCCCCUGAAAACCUCACAUGCAUACAUACACACAUGUACACACACAAAGAGAGUUAACUGAAAGUGUUUCCUUCAUUUCUGAUAUAGAAUUUCAAUUUUAACACACAUAAAGAAUAAACUUUUAGAAACUUAUCUUACAAAAUGUAUUUUAUAAAAUUAAAGAAAAUAAAAUUAAGAAUGUUCUCAAUCAAA